AUGUGUGACGUGCGGCCCCGAUCUCCUUCCCUGUUUUUCGGCCUUGCGUUCCUUGCUCCCCGUGUGCGGAAGCGGGGCCUGGUGCUCUUCUGUAGCGCAGCUGUUUGUGCUCUGUUGCCGGAGCACGGCGCUUUCAGAGUCUGCAAAAGGGAAACUGGAAAGCCUCCUUAUGGCUGGGGAGAAGGGCCUGUUGGGAUUGCCGUUCUGAAGUUUGCUGGUAAUGCAAACAGUAUGGGCAUUGUAAUGCAGUUUGGAUUAUCAACUGUAAGAACUGGAUGGCUUUUACGUAGCAAUAACAGUUGGAAAUUUACAUGUCACCUGUGCGACCGCAGCUUCACCGAGAAGUGGGCGCUCAACAACCACAUGAAGCUGCACACGGGCGAGAAGCCGUUCAAGUGCUCCUGGCCUACCUGCCACUACUCCUUCCUCACCGCCUCGGCCAUGAAGGACCACUUCAGGACGCACACAGGCGAGAAGUCGUUCCUGUGUGACCUCUGCGGCUUCGCCGGCGGGACGCGCCAUGCCCUCACCAAGCACCGCAGGCAGCACACAGGAGAGAAACCGUUCAAAUGUGAUGAGUGUAACUUUGCUUCCACAACACAAUCGCAUCUGACACGACAUAAGCGUGUCCAUACUGGAGAGAAGCCUUACAGAUGUCCCUGGUGUGACUACAGAUCCAACUGCGCUGAAAAUAUCCGUAAACACAUCUUACACACAGGAAAGCAUGAGGGAGUGAAAAUGUAUAACUGUCCUAAGUGUGAGUAUGGAACCAACAUCCCAGUGGAGUUUCGUAAUCACUUGAAAGAGCUGCACCCCGACAUCGAAAACCCCGACCUGGCAUACCUGCACGCUGAAGCGAUAGGGAGCUGUGGAGAGCACGUGCCCUGCUGGGCCCUGCCAGGAGAAGCGGUGGUGGCUCCUUCACCUCCGUGGGGCUGGGAGCAGCAGGAGCGCGAGCCGCUUCCCCCAGGCACGGCCGCCUCCUUGGGAGCUGCCCGCGGCGCUGUGGGCACGGAGCGGCCCCGCCCGCCCAACAGAGGUGGCGCCGGCCGCGUUUGGGCUCAGCCCGUGUGGCGGCUGAGCGCGUCGUCCUCGCGAGGCGAGGCGUUGCGUACGUCAUGA